GGCGGCGCGCUCUCCUCCGGCUCCCGGCGCUCGGCGAGGGUCGGCCGGGCAGGGGCGCUGAAGGCGGCGGAGGCAGUAGCCCAUGCCCAUGCCCAUGCCCGCCCGGGGGGCGGAGGAGCCCGAGCCGCCCAGCCGUGCCGCGCCGGGGGCGGCAGCAGCAGCAGGGGCAGCAGCAGCGGAGGCGGCGGCCCCGGGGGCGGCGGCGGGCGCUCCGCAUUGUGCCCCGCGCGGCGGCGGCGGGACCAGGAGCAGCGGCGGCGGCAGCAGCGAGAGCGGCGGGUCGGCCCCGGAGGAGCCGCCCUCGCCUCCCCUCGCCUCCCCCAUGCAGGCGCCGGGCGAGGAGGGCUCCACGGCAGACGGGGCGGCGGCGGCACUAGCGGCGGGGGAAGGCGCCCUGGACGCCGCUCCCGAGGACGCAGCCGGAGCCGCCUCGGCGCAGGCUGAGGGGAGCAGCAGUGUUGGUACCCGGGCCUCCACCAGCAGGGAGCGCCUAAAGAGGAGUCAGAAAAGCAUGAAGGCUGAAGGCUCUGAUUCGGCAGCCUCUCAGUCUGUGCCAAGCGAGGAGAUGGCGGCCAUGACCGAGGUGAAGGUGAAGACGGAGAUCCCAGAUGAUUACAUUGAGGAGGUGAUCUGGCAGGAUGACACCAAAGAGCCCAAGAAAAACGUGAAAGAUGGUGGCAGCGGCGGUGGCAGUGGAGCACCAGCAGAGAUCUGUGUGGUGAUUGGCGGUGUCCGCAACCAGCAGACGCUCGGUAAGCUAGGAUCUUAUGAGUGUGGAAUAUGUGGGAAGAAGUACAAGUACUACAAUUGUUUCCAGACCCACGUCCGCGCGCACAGAGACACGGAAGCUGCGUCGGGUGAAGGAGCCUCCCAGGGCAAUAAUUUUAGGUACACGUGCGACAUUUGUGGGAAGAAGUACAAAUAUUACAGUUGUUUCCAAGAGCACAGAGAUCUGCACGCUGUGGACGACCCUUAUGACCAAGCAAUGAUUGCCAAGGAAGAAGUGAAAGAAGAGGAACCAGAGUCAUUUCAGAAGAUUGGUCCAAGUAUGACUUACCGAGUUUGCAACCUAAAAACGGGCAACUAUACAUGUGAAUUCUGUGGCAAGCAGUACAAGUACUACACGCCCUAUCAGGAGCACGUGGCCCUUCACGCUCCAAUCAAGUACUCUCGAUCUCCACUCUUCGUGGCCGUGAAGACACAAGCGAGCCAGUCGGGCAAAAAAACGCCGGCAGGGUCCAUAAUCCGCUGCUCCACCCUCCUCCACCGCACUCCCUCCUCCGGGGUCCCACCAGCAUCCCAGUCACAGAUGUUCCGCACUCCAAAUUCCGGAUCCCCAGGAAGCAAGGCCACCACAGCAGAGAGUGCUUUCAGUCGGAGAAUGGAAAGCAAAAUGCAAAACAACUUUGAAGAAACUAACAGCAGCUCCCAAAACUCUAGUGAAACCGCCAGUCCUCUGGUUUCAAAUCCUUUACCGCUUUUGCAAAAGCCGUACACUUGUGGGGCAUGUGGCAUCCAGUUCCAGUUCUACAACAACCUCCUGGAACAUAUGCAGUCCCACGCAGCUGAUAACGAGAACUGCAUUGCCUCGAACCAGCCCCGUUCGCCUCUGGCCACGGUGGAGGAGAAGUGGAAGCCCCAGCCCCAAAGGAACAAUGCCAACAACACAUCAACUAGCAGCUCACUGGCAAACAGCGCAAUCCCUGAGAAGGAGAGGCAGAAUAUCGCAGAGAGGCUGCUGCGGGUGAUGUGUGCUGACCUGGGGACGCUGAGCGUUGUGAGUGGCAAGGAGUUCAUCAAGCUGGCACAAACUCUUGUUGACAGCGGUGCCCGCUAUGGUGCUUUCUCAGUGACGGAGAUCCUUGGCAACUUCAACACACUGGCCCUCAAGCAUUUGCCCCGGAUGUAUAACCAGGUGAAGGUGAAGGUUACCUGUGCUCUCGGCAGCAAUGCUUGCCUGGGCAUCGGGGUCACCUGCCACUCGCAGAGCAUCGGCCCUGACUCCUGCUACAUCCUGACAGCAUACCAGGCAGAAGGGAACAGCAUUAAGAGUUACGUCCUGGGCAUUAAGGGGGUGGACAUUCGUGAUAACGGAGACCUGGUCCACCACUGGGUGCAGAACGUGCUCUCCGAGUUUGUGAUGUCGGAGAUCCGAACGGUGUACGUCACAGACUGCAAAGUGAACUCUUCAGCGUUCUCUAAGGCGGGGAUGUGCUUGCGUUGCUCAGCCUGUGCCUUGAAUUCGGUCGUGCAGAGCGUGCUCAACAAGCGGACUCUCCAGGCACGCAACAUGCACGAGGUCAUUGAGCUGCUGAACGUUUGUGAGGACCUGGCAGGGUCGGCAGGCAUCUCCAAGGAGACCUUUGGCUCCCUGGAGGAGACAUCCCCUCCGCCCUGCUGGAACUCGGUCACUGACUCUUUACUGCUUGUCCAUGAGCGCUACGAGCAGAUCUGUGAGUUCUACAGCCGGGCCAAGAAAAUGAACCUCAUCCAGAACCUCAACAAGCACCUGCUUAGCAACCUGGCGGCUAUCCUGGCUCCUGUGAAGCAAGCGGUCAUUGAGCUGAGCAGUGAGAGCCGGCCAACCUUGCAGCUAGUGCUGCCCACCUACGUGAAACUGGAGAAGCUCUUCACCUCCAAGGCCAACGACGCAGGCAUUGUCAGCAAGCUGUGCCACCUCUUCCUGGAGGCUCUGAAGGAAAACUUCAAGGUCCACUCAGCACACAAAGUCGCCAUGAUCCUGGACCCCCAGCAGAAGCUGCGCCCAGUCCCGCCGUACCAGCAUGAGGAGAUCAUCGGCAAGGUGUGCGAGUUGAUCAACGAGGUGAAGGAAUCCUGGGCAGAAGAGGCAGAGUUCGAGCCGUCUGCCAAAAAAACACGGACAUCGAGUGAGAGCUCCCCGACGCAGGAGGAAGACCGCUCGGGCAAAAACGAAGUCUACGAUUAUUUGCAGGAGCCCCUCUUCCAAGCCCCCCCUGACCUCUUUCAGUACUGGUCCUGUGUGACGCAGAAGCACACCAAACUGGCCAAGCUGGCCUUCUGGCUCCUGGCAGUGCCUGCUGUUGGGGCCAGAAGCAAUUGUGUAAAUAUGUGCGAACAAGCCCUCUUGAUCAAGAGGCGGCGGCUGCUCAGCCCAGAGGAUAUGAACAAGCUUAUGUUCCUGAAGUCCAACAUGCUUUAAAACUCAGUGGGGCGGGCGGGCAGGAGCGACGGCCCUCUGAAACAAGCCCCCACCCCACCGUGCGUGCUCAAAACACUGUUCCAAACAAAGAAUCCAGUUUUAAGUUCUAAACACUGUGGACCUCAUUCUGAAUGCCCUGGGAAACAAAAAAGGAAAGUGCUUUUUAUAGAUAUAUAGAUAUUAUAGAUAUUAAUAUGUAUAUAAAAAGCUGUGUUUGGAA